AUGUCAAAUGAUGGCUCUCUCCGGCAAUCAGUUCCAACACCAGAAUCAUACAGCACUCCACCAAUUACCAUAGUCAUAACAAUCAUUCUUCUUGUGUUUUUCUUUGUGGGAUUUUUCGCAUUAUACUUUUGUAGAUGUUUCAUGCAGAAUCUAAUCCUCUCUUGGCACCUUCGUCAUAGUCCUGCAGCCACGCCUAUCGUUCCAACACAUCCACAAGACAACCCUGGGAUUGAUCCCAAAAUCAUACAAUCUUUCCCUGCAUUCACCUAUUCCAGUGUUAAAGAUUAUAGGAAGGAAAAAUAUGGGCUAGAAUGUGCCAUCUGUUUAGUUGAGUUUGGAGAUGAUGAUCUUCUUCGACUUUUGACAACAUGUUGUCACGUUUUUCAUCAAGAAUGCAUUGAUCUAUGGCUUGAGAAACACAAAACUUGUCCCGUAUGUCGAAGAAGGCUCGAUGAAUCGCCCGAGAAGUCCCCGAUAUCAUUCACGAAUACCAUGCGUCUCAUAAACGAAAAUGAGUCAUUGCCUGAAAGUGUUUCCAUCACAGUAAAGGAUGAAACUGAAGAUGAAAGAGGAGGCAGCGAUCGCGGCGAAAGGAGGACUUCUGCUACGGCUGCUGAUCACGUUCUAGUUGAAAGGCGGAACAAUAAUACUGAGCUGGAGAGAUUUUCAAGAUCACAUUCAACAGGACAUUCAAUAGUUAGGACUAAAGGAUCAGAAGAUCAGGAUAGGUUUACUUUGAGAUUGCCAGAGCAAGUUCAAGAAAAAAUUAUUAAGGGACAUAAUACAAGCAGAAGUUGCACAGUUUUUGGAGAAUAUAGAAGCCAAGAAACCACAAGAAAUGGUGGUUUUGGUGAAGUUUCAGGGCUAUCUGGUGCAGACAUCAACAAAGAUUGA